AUGUUUAUCGUCGCAACGUUGGAUGAUACAGUUUCUAUUGCACCGCAUCUAUUCAAUGAACAAUUGAGUACUAUUGUAGCCGAGGAACUCGAUCGUAAAUUAGCCAAUACAAUUUUUCAAGAAUUAGGCCUAUGUGUAUGUUUGUAUGAUAUUUUAUCGAUGGGUGACUGUAUUCUAUUGCCAUCGGAUGCGAAUUUUCAUAUUAAAGUCAAAUUUCGUUAUGUCGUCUUCCGACCGAAUAUUGAUGAAAUUCUCGUUGGUAAAAUUCGAUCGUCAAGUAAAGAUGGCAUUACAGUAACCUUAGGAUUUUUUGAUGAUAUUCUUAUUCCGUCGACUAAACUUCAACAUCCAUCUCGAUUUAUUGAAGCAGAACAAACAUGGGCAUGGCAAUAUGAAACGGAUGAUGAAACACAUGAUCUCGUGAUGGAUAUUGGUGAAGAAAUUCGUUUUCGUGUUGUGCAAGAAAUUUUCGAAGAUACAGCACCAAAAGAAAUGUCAAAUAAUAAUGGAUCGAUGGCCCAAACGACGAAUGAUGACGACAAAAAAGUACCCUACACCAUCAUUGGUUCAAUAUCUGAACCUGGUUUAGGACUUAGAUCAUGGUGGACUGAAACAUCUUGA